AUAUUAGUUUAUUGUUUUGAGAUUAGCAAAGAGUAUUUGCCUUUCCAGUAUUCUUUAUUGUUCAUCAUUUUUCUACUUUGUUUGAAUACUGCUAAAUGGAAAGAUGACUCUAGAAAAAUCGGAAAGCCCGGCAUCUGACAAGGAUUCAUCAAUAAACGGCCUUAAAGAUGCGGAGGAUGACGGCGGCAGGACCUUGAAAGAAAUUGAUAAUAUUAUGAAAUCUGCUCAUAGAAAUGAAAUGGAAGUACCAAAAUUAGUGCGAGCAGCCUCUCCAAUGAUACAAAGAAAAAAUUCAGAUCAAAAUAAAUCAUUACAGUCCGUAAAACCCGUACAAAGAAACAUGAGUUAUAAAUCUCUUGCUAUGCUAAGCGUUUCUGAUGUUAGCACGAUUGGAGACAACAGGAAUGAUAUAGAUAGAUAUCAAAGGCCUGCAUUUAAAAUUGAAUUUGAAGAAGAACCAGACCCAAAAUAUGAAUGUCCUGUUUGUAAAUUAACGUAUUGGCAGCCGGUACAGCUAACUUACUGCGAACAUUCUUGCUGCUACUCCUGCUAUCAAGAUUUAGCUCUGUAA